AUAAAAAUUGAUAAAAAUCUAGUGAUGAGAGAUUGGGAGGCACUCUAAAGUUAGGGUUAUGCACGUGGCUGAAUCUCCCCUCACACGCUUCAUCAUCGCCGCCGUGAGUCACACUUCCUACGUCGGUUAAUCUUAACUAAUCUCUCCUCCACCAAAACCCUCACAGUUUCCCCCUUUCCCCACCGUCGCCGCCGCCGCCACCACACCACCGCCGUUAACCUCUUCUCCAACCUUCCAUAUUUAUAAUUUAUUACUACGAUCGAUAUUUUCCGACAACAUGUCAAUUUAUCGAGCGAUUUCUCGGAUUACGAGAACCGCGAGUAGUUACAACCGUUGCCGGUGGUUUUACUCCUCUGCUCCGCAUCAACAGCUCUCUCCCUACAGCGGCUUCAGGUCUUCUGAACAGGUUUUGGGUUGCAGAGUAAUCUCUCCUUGGUUUUCUCGCUCUUUUCGUUCCGGUGGACCACAACCCCAAUAUGAAGAUGAGGACCCAUUUUCUCUUGUUGCUGAUGAAUUAUCUAUUGUUGCUAAUAGGCUACGAUCAAUGGUUGUUGCUGAGGUGCCAAAGCUUGCCUCAGCAGCGGAGUAUUUCUUCAAAAUGGGUGUUGAAGGGAAGCGGUUUCGUCCUACUGUUAUAUUAUUAAUGGCGACGGCUUUAAAUAAUCAAAUCUCUAAACCACCUUCAGAAGGGGUUGUUGAUAUGCUUUCAACAGAGUUCCGGACAAGACUACAAUCUAUUGCUGAAAUCACAGAAAUGAUCCAUGUUGCCAGCCUUCUUCAUGAUGAUGUACUGGAUGACGCUGAUACAAGACGUGGGAUUGGCUCUCUUAACUUUGUCAUGGGAAAUAAGAUAUCAGUGUUGGCUGGAGAUUUCUUGCUUUCAAGAGCUUGUAUCACCCUUGCUUCCUUGAAAAACACAGAGGUUGUCUCAUUGAUAGCAACAGCAGUUGAGCAUCUUGUUACCGGGGAGACAAUGCAAAUGAGCUCAUCAGCAGAACAACGUAGUAGCAUGGAUUACUAUUUACAGAAGACAUACUACAAGACCGCUUCAUUAAUAUCCAACAGCUGCAAAUCCAUUGCUCUUCUUACUGGCCAAACUGCCGAGGUCGCCAUGUUGGCAUACGAGUACGGAAAAAAUCUGGGCUUGGCAUUUCAGUUAAUUGACGAUGUUCUAGAUUUCACUGGCACAUCGUCAUCUCUUGGAAAGGGCUCAUUAUCCGACAUUCGCCAUGGAAUUGUGACAGCUCCACUGUUAUAUGCAAUGGAGGAGUUUCCAGAAUUACGGUCAGUUGUUGACAGGGGACUAGACAACCCUGCAAAUGUCGAUCUCGCUCUGGAGUAUCUUGGUAAAAGCCAUGGAAUACAAAGAACAAGGGAACUUGCAGCAAAGCAUGCCAGCCUGGCAUCGGCUGCAAUCGAUUCCUUUCCCGAGAACGAUGACGAGGACGUUCAAAGAUCAAGACGGGCACUUAUAGAAUUGACACACAGAGUCAUCAACAGAACAAAGUGAAGAAAAUGAAGAUGAAUUCGUGGCCACACAGAAGAUAUAUAUGUUGAAGUUUUUGUUUGAAUGCAGUUUUCGCCCACAUCCCAUGGGUUUAGUUUUCAUUUUCUUGUUUAAAUAUUGAUUGCUUAAUAAUGAUUUUUCACAACACCACCUGGGGAACAGUUUAAAAAAAUUCAGUUUAUUAAUUCAAAAGAUAGUUUAUUUGGUAUAAAA